UGGGACGGUAACGCGCCUCGCGCUUUCUGCUCACCGUCUCCCUCAUCACUGGAGCCGAAAAUCACCAGAAAAAAAAACACCAACACAACCAUGACAGGAUUUAACGAGUAACGCUCUUUUCUUUAUUUCAUUUGGAUUUAAAGCGUCGAUUUUUAUUAGUCUGGGUGAAAAUGGCGUCAGGAGCAGGCUGGCAGCCUCCGUACACCACCUCGAGCAGCAACACCAAAUAUACCCCCUCUUCAACAUCCACUAUGUUUUAUGAAGGGGGCUUAACGCUGGAAUACACUCAAGACCUGCAUCUCAAGAUGAGCAAGAAGAUUGCGCAGCUGACCAAGGUAAUUUACGCUCUCAAUACCAAGAAUGACGAACACGAGGAAGAAAUUGAGUCUCUGAAAGAAGCCCACGAGGAUGAGGUGCAACACAUUGUGACAGAAACCAGAGACAAGAUCAUGCAGUACAAAAGCAAGAUGGCAGACGAGGCGGACCUGAGGCGACGGCUGGCCAGUCUUGAGGAAUCUGUCGAGCUGCACGAGCACAUGAAGAGACAGGCGCUGGCAGAGUUUGAGAUGUACAGACAGAGAAUGGAGGACUCCCAGCUCUGCACUGAGGCCCAGCACACACAGAGAGUGGUUUCCAUGAGCAGAGAGGUAGAGGAGAUGCGUCGGGAUUUUGAGGAGAAGCUGCGGGCGUUCGGCCAGGCCCAAGCCCAGUUUGAGGCAGAGAAGCGGCGAGCACUGGAGGAGCUGAGGGCCAGCCACCGCCUCGAGGUGGAGGAGCUCCUCAGCAACCAGCAGAACCAGAGCGCCAGCUCCACCGAAGACCAGGAGAAACUGGCCGAGCUCCAUAGACAAGAGGUGGAGGCACUGAUGGAGAGGGUGGAGGAGCUGACGAAGGAUAAGGUCCGUCUGGUGGAGGAGUACGAAGCCAAGCUGGCCAAAGCGCAGGAGUAUUAUGAGAGAGAGCUCGAGGCCAUGAGGCGAACACAUCAACUCACCGCCGAGAACCUGCUGGCCUGGAAACGGACUGAGGUUGAGCUUCGUAAGGAGUUCCAGGCUCAGGAAGCUGCCCUGCAGCGCUCACUGUCCAAACUGAGGUCUGAGCUGCAGAAAGCCCAGGAGGAAGCCAGAGAGAACCGAGACAAGACCAACAGACUGCAGACAUCACUGACUAAUGCUGAGGGAACCAUCAAGAACCUUCAUAAGCAGCUGGAGGAAGCCAUCCAGGAUGGAGAGAUCUGGGUGAUGCAGCUAAAGGACACAGAGUACGAACUGGAAGGCAGCAGGGAUCGAGUACAGCAGCAGGCAAAUGAAAUACUCCUCAAAGCCAGUCAGAUAGGCUCCUUGCAGGCCACACAGAUGUCCCAUGAGGCAACCAUCAGAGACCUGGACCAGGAGCAAAGCCGGUUAAAGGAGAAGAUCCACAGGCUGGAGGAGGAAAGAGAAGCUCUGCUGAACCAGAGCCAAGCCACUGAUGAAAAGCACAAACAACAAGUACUACAACUAGAACAGUCUCUGCGUGAGGAGCACCAGGGCUAUGAGAAGGAGCUCUGUAGACUGAGGGCACACUAUGACGAGGAGGCGCUUCGCUUCAAGGAGGCGCAGGUCAGAGCUCUGCAGGACAUGGAGGAGAAGCACAAGGCCAUGAGGGAGGAGGCCCUGCAGGAGAAAGAGGAGGAGAAGAAGCUCCUCAUGGCGGAAAUGAGUCAGGAGUUUGAUAUCAAACGGCUAUCACUGGAGGAGCAGAGAGACCGACUCCAGCAGCAACUGGACAACCUGAAGGAGGAGCUGUCGGCCAAACUCAACAUGGCCAAUCAGGAGGUGUCACAUUUGCAGGAACUGGUGAGGGAAGGGGAGCAGAACUUGGGCUCAGCACAGACCCAGAUCACCUGUCUCAAGGAGACUCAGGAGAAACUCAGGAUAGAACUAGAUGCAACUCGAGCCCGGGUCAGGGAGACCAGCAGUCUCCUAACUGACCUUCAGGAGGAGAUAGAGACCCAGAAGCAGCAGCAUGAGGCCAGAGUGAUGUCCAUCAGAACAGAGGAGAAACAGAAGAUGGACAAGAUGGCCGAUGACCUGGACCAGAAAUGGACAGAUGCGCUGCGUGAAGAAGUGCGUCUGUUGAAGGAGGAGUUAACCGAGGAGUAUGAAGCCGACAAACAGGCGGCUCUGACUCAGCUCUCCCAGCAGAAGGAACUGGAGAUGAUGGCAGCCAGAGAGGGCUGGCAGAGGAAGGUGGAAGACCUACUGGAACAGAUCUCUCUGCUGAAACAGUCUUUGGAGCUGCAGCUGUCUCAGUCCCAGUCGGCUCUCCAGCAGCUGCAGUCUCAGUUCAGCCAGGAGAGGGAACUGCUCAGCCAGCAGCUGAAAGAGUUGCAGAGAGAGCACCAACGGAGAGAGCAUCGGUUACAAGAGGCCCACUGCUGCGCCCUCAGCACCAUGGAGGACGCCAGGCAACACCAGAUCAGGGCCCUGGAGGAGCGUCUGAAGCAGGAGCAGAGAGAGGAGGUGCACGCUCUUAAGGAGGCCCACCGGAGAACCUUGGAGAUCUUGAGGCAGCAGUCAGAGCAAGAGCUGCAGACCCUGCGGUUUGAACUGGAGGACGAGGGAAAAGCAAUGCUGGCCUCCCUGCGUUCAGAGUUGAACCACCUCCAUGCCACAGCCGUAGAACAUCUGAAGCAGAUGCACCUGAAAGACAACACUGCCGCUAAACUGGAGCUAGAGAGCGCUAUGGAGCACAGCCACAAACAGGAACAAGAACUCCUGGGCCGCAUCUCCGACCUGCAAGCAGAGGUGUGUUGCCGCAGCAACCGCAUCACGGAUCUGGACCACGAGAUCCACUCUUUGAAUGAGACCAUCGACACCCUGACCAGAGAGCUGGAGAUAAAAGGCAAAGAGGUGCUGCGGGUCCGAAGUGAAGCUAACCAUCAGAUAAGGGCCCAUGAGCAAGACCUGGCUAAGAGACAUGAGAGGGACAUGGGCGAGCUGAAUGCAGCCCAUCACAGAGAAACCCACAUCAUGCUGGCUGACUUCAACAAGGCCCAGGAGGUCCUCAAAGACAAGAUAUCUGCUCUACAAAUACUGUUGGAGGGGACAGAGGAGAAGUUCAGGAACAGAGAAAGCCGACCAGAGGACCUUCAGGUCAUAGCAGAGCUCAGAGAGAUGGUCUCCGAGAGAGAAGCCCUGGUCAAAAAACUAGUGGAUGACAAGAAGUUCUACCAGUUGGAGUUGGUCAACAGAGAGCCAGGCUUCAAUAAAGUCUUUAAUUCCAGUGCCAAUGUUGGCGUCAUCAAUCCCCUUAUCAAGUUAAAAACAGGCAGCCAAUCAGGUCACCGCUUCGCCAGCUUCCCUAGCCAAUCAGCUCUUCGAUUCGUCAGCCCUCCCACCAUGAGUCAUGAGGGAGAGGAAGAGGAGGGACGUGAGGCGGAGGAGGUGGAGGAGGUAGGACCAGGAGGCCACUUUGUGCCUCCUCACUCCCCCCUCCAGAGGUCCUCACCCCGAGUUAGGCAAGCCCCGCCUCUGUUCAGCCCUCCUCCUCUUCCUCAGCAUCUUCCUCUUCCUCCUUCUUCUCAUCCUUCACAUCAUCCCCUGCCAAGCCUUGCUCUUCCUCAUGCUCCUCAUCCUCAGAAACCCCAGGUGCAGCAUCAGGGCCUACAGAGCUUUAGGAGCCCUCCUGAGGCCAACACCAUGACACCAUCAGACCCAAGGUGGAUGGAAGCAGGAAAAGGUGAAGAAAAAGUAGCAAAAGAAGAAGAAGAGGAGCCAUACGCCCAGUACUUCUCUUUCUGACCGGCAAAAAAAACAAACAAUUCUGUCAAAAAACUAAGUAAUGGGACAGAGAGCUAAAGUUGGACAGUGACCAAAUUACAGGUUUUGAAGGUCAGAGUAAGUCACCCUAGGAAACCCAUUCACAGAGCAGUGAGCCGCCUGGUUUACAUGGGCUACAUUCAUUUCAAGCAUGCACUGCAAACCGCACUGCUUGCAACAGUCGUGGGCCGUGCCGUUUACACUCUGUGGUGGGUUUCCAGUGUGAUCGCGGUGUUGGGGCUUCCAUACAUGACGAGCAUUGUGCACUACAUGGCAUACCUCCCUGUGGAAGUGAGCAGGACGCUGGGGCAUGUUUAAACAAGAGGACACCAAACUGUGUCCUCUCUCCAGCAUUUUACACCAUUCACAAUUUUGCAGACAUGCCAGUAUUUUUGUGAGCUUUCAGGUUAGGCUGAAUGAUAUGUUGGCAUCGUGAUGGUCACACGUAGAAAUGUGACAUUGUUAAGGAUGUAAUGUAAGACAAUUGGUCCAUAACACAUUUUUUUUCCCGCAAAGUUUUUUUUGGCUGGUAAGAUUUCAGGAAUAGACAUUUAUGAGACAUGUAUUUUAAAACAAAACUAAACUUUAGUCGAGAGUUGGGUUGUAUGGUUACCUGGACACCAUAUCAAUACACAUAGUGGUGAAAUUUCUUCAAUAGUUGCUCUCUUGGGCUGCUAACCCAGAGUACUGUAUCUCUUCAUUUACAUCCAUAACAUGGCAAAACAG